AUGAAUACCCCUAACCAGAACCAUAUAUCGUAUGAGGGGACCGUGUACACAACGAGUCAUCCCAGCUUGAGCAUAACGGACUUCAAGAUUGAGGAAGAUUGGAACGGCAGACCCGCCAGUGAAUGGUCUGUCUCCAAGAUUGGUUUAUUGCAAUCUAAGAUAGAGAAAUAUACUUAUAAGAUAUACCAUAGUAAUAGAUUUGGGAAACAUAAUCUUUCCAAACUGAUACCGAGACACAAAUUGGUAGAAUUCGCUAACGAAGUGUUCGGGUUUGAUGGAUGGCAUGUUGAUGUUAUAGAGGUCGAUGCCAGUGAGAUGCCACCUUCCAGUGCACAAUUAAAUGUUGAGGAUGAUACUGUAAAACAUACAGUACUGGCCGAGGCACAAGUCAAGAUAACUUUGAAAGACGGGACCAACACUCAGAUGGGUGGAAUAGGGAAAGCUACUAUGAACUCUAAGGGUGAUAGUUUUAGUAAGGCAAGAAAGGAAGCUGUUAAUGAUGCGUUGAAGAAGGCUUUACUAAGUUUUGAAAAAAUAAUAUUAGAAUAUGAAACUAAAGUGGAAAAUAAUUAUUAUGUGGAUGGGUUAUACGUGACAAAGAUAAAACAAGAAAAUACUCAUGUAGAUGACCUCGGAUUUCCCAUAAAAGUUAAAAAGGAACAAAGUUUGAAUUGA